CCUCCACUGCCCACUGCAGCCAUGGCGGAGCAGCAAGGGUCAGCCAUGCCUGGGGAGCAGUCUGAGCUGCCUCCCAUCAUCGACAACAUGCGGUUCUACGAGAUUCUGGGAGUCGGGCUGCGGGCAAGCGAUUCCGAAAUCAAGAAACAGUUUCGUCGGAUGGCACUGCGAUAUCAUCCCGACAAGAACGCGGGCGGGACGGCCAUGUUCGAACUUGUUCACAAGGCGUACGACGUGCUGUCGAAUCCGCAGCUAAGGACGGUGUACAACAAGUACGGCGCCGGUGGCGUCGAGUUUCACCAACACAAGACCAUGCUCGAGGAGAUGAGGACGCCCGCGAUGCUGCCGAUGACGAGCGCCUUGCCCGCAAGGGCUACCCGCGGCCCAUCUGGCUCCGCCAUCCGGCCUUUUCGUUGCCUCUUGUCAUGUGCUACAUCGUGCCGUCGACGCUCUGCAUCGUAGUCCCCUUUCUCAUUGCAUCGGCGUUUAUUGGCACCGCCGUUGCCAAAGACUCGGCGUCGUACACUGCCGGCUUCAUCCCGGCGCUGCUACUUGUGCUCUUCUGGCUUGCCGUUGUUUUGUGCUACCUCUGCUACCGCGGCUCGGUGACCCGCCACAACAAGCGCGCCUAUCGGCUGCAGACCGAGGCCAAGAUUCGCAAGGCGGAACGCAGCGGCGGCGCCGACGGGGCCGCCAGCCCCGCCGCUGACGCCAACGCGGAGAGCGAGAGCGAGCAUGAGGAGCAGGAGGAGGCGGCCAAGACAAGUGAUUCGCGAACUCGCGCCCAGCGCGCGGCCAAGGCCCGGGCCAAGGCCGUCAAGGCCCAGGCCAAGGCUCGCGCCAAGGCCAAAGCCAAGGCCCGCGCCCGAACCAAGACACCGUACGAGGGGCCGUGGGAGGUGGCCCGCCUCUUCACUUGGAAGCGCUUUGCUCGCGGUGUCUGCCUCUUUGUGGCCCUGGUCCUCAUCGCCAUGGCCGCCGACGGCUCGCCCGACGCCAUCAAGCCGUGGAUGCCGUUUGCCGUCCUUGCCCUCGCCGAGCUCAUCAACGCUGUAGAGAACGCCACCGCGGCUGGCUACUCAAAGACCGAGCUCAAGUACAUCCGUGCACUGCAGAAGCUCCGUGACGGCAAAGCUGUUGGCGGCGCCAUGCCGUACCCGCGUAACCUUGGCCUCGGCUGCUUUGGCUACUACCUUUACCUCUGGUCGUCGUGGCUCUGGCGUGUCCUCGUUCUUGGCGGCGUGUUCAUCAAGCUCGGUGACGUUGUCGAUGGCGACUUUCUGCCGUGGGCCGCCCCGCUCGGCCUCGCCGUUGCUGGCCUUGUCUACGAGGUUGUACUCAAGGCACCGCUGCACCAUGUCAACCGCUACCGGCAGCGGACCCAGGCGCUUGUGAGACGGUUUGAGAAGGAGGCGAACCCGUACACCCGAAGCCGGACAAUGGCCCACUUUACGCGGGUGUACUACUCCAACGCAGUGGCGCGGCUCGUGCUCUCCGAGCUUGCGCUCAUUCCUGCGCUGCUCGGGCUCUGCGUCCUGGGAGCAUUUAUCGCCGCCGAGGGUGCGCCGGCACGGGCUGCUGUGGUCGGCGUUGUCAACGGCUACGUCAUGUGCAUUGUCGUCGGUAUGGGCAUCUCCAACAUCUAUCUCUACAUCAAGGCUACGCUGGCUUCCGAUGCCCAAGGCCGCGAGCGGCUGCAGCGCAUCGCGGCUGCCCGAGCCCAGGCCAAGCGCGACGCUCUCCGCAACAUCAAGACCGUCACCAUUCACGCGUCGACGCGCGCGGCCAUGGCCGCCGCCGCCGCCGCCGCGGAAGACGAGAACAGCGCAUCGCGCGAGACCUCGUCGCUCUACGACUCGCAGACGAGCGAGUACACCGGAGAGUCCGACUCGCGGGCCGCCAUCGCUUCCGGCGACGUUGUCAUCAUGAUGCCGCCUCCGCCUGUCUCGGACAUGUCGUCCGAGAGCGCGGCCUCCGCCGGUGACGGAGUGAUCAUCAUGAUGCCGCCGCCACUAGCCGAGCCCGAGCCCGAGGCUCCCGCCGCGCCUGCUGAUGGCGUCAUUGCUCUUGGCCCGCCUAUGGCCGACGCAUCGUCGUCGUACGAGUACUACGACGAGAAGGAGGCUGCGCCGCGCGCACCGGCCCGCGUCGCCACUCGGGACUUUGCGUCGUCGUCGUACUACAGCUACUACUCGGAGCGGGACGACAGCUCAGUCUCGCCAGCGCCGCAGCCGCAGCCGUUCCGCCGCGGCGUGACGCCGCCAGUCUCGUCGGAGACCUCAACCUCUGAGCUUGGUCGCGGGCCUCGGAACGCCGUCUCUUACUCGCGGUACUCGUACUCGACGUCGGAUGUGACUUCGGGCUCGUGCUUUGACGAGACGUACACGUACUCGAUGGCGUCGGACGAGGUUCCGAUUGUCCGCCAAGCCUCGGCGACUUCCGCGAGCGCGCUCUCGCGGUCAGCAUUUAUGCAAGCCUCGAUCGACUUUGUGUAGGCACCGCCCCGCGCUGCCCUGUGCUCUGCCGUACAGUCGCAUCGGGCUCAAAACCCGCCGCGUCCUUGA